AUGUUCGUUUCACCACCACCAACCGUUUCGCAGCAGCAGUUGUUGCCAAACGUACUUACAAGGCGAAAGUCUAAUGAUUUAGCCACAAUACCGGAGAACCCAUCUGGUGGGUCACAGGACUCAUUGCUUAGCAACGUAGGCAGUGGGAAUACAAAGAAGGAGUUUGUGAAUGCACCACCGGAGUUUGCCAACAGGGCACGUGACGAGAUUAAGAAGAGACUUUUACAAAAACGCGGUGGAGCCGGGAGUUCUGGAAAUUCCGGGAACCACGGUUCCGGCGUGAGAUCCAUGCACUCUUUCAGAAACCAUGGGUCUUCAGCCGUGUCGUCAUCACAGUCAUCGGUCUAUUCGGGAAACACAUACAACUCGGAUGCGGCAUCUGUGGUAACGGGUAUGACUGCAUCGUCAGCAGCCCAAUCAUCCAUAUUUUCGGUUCCCUCUUUCAACACAGUAUCGACGCAGCUUACGGAGUCAUCAUCCGUUAUCGAUGCUUACGAUGCCAAGCAGCAGCAACAGCCUUUGACCAUUACUUUGGAACAAGCGCUACCCACGAUAUUUUAUGACAUGUACAGCCCAGAGAUCCUAAUGAACCCACAAAAUUUGAUGAGUAACGGUAGACCAAAAUUCACCAAGAGAGAACUUCUUGAUUGGGACGUUAAUGAUAUUAGAUCAUUAUUGAUCAUCGAAUCUUUAAGACCAGAGUGGCACGGCCAACUUCCGACAAUAGCUUUCCAACCACUGCAGGCCGAUGGUAGUAUGGAACAAGAACCAUAUUUCCCACAAUUCAGGUUCCAGCUCUUACCGCUAAACUCACCGGACGAGGUUAUCAUAUCAACAUUGGUCAGCUCUGACUUGUAUAUUGAGGCUAACCUCGACUACGAGUUCAAGCUAACGAGUGCCCAAUACACCGUGAACUCCGCAAGGAGAAGACAUGAAGAGCAUAUCGGUUACCAUGAGCCGGUAAUGCACUUAUCGAAGCCCGAAUGGAGAAACAUUAUAGAAAACUACUUGCUUAACAUCGCUGUUGAGGCCCAAUGUAGAUUUGACUUCAAGAAGGCAUGCUCCGAAUACAAGAAAUGGAAGCUCGAGCAGCUAAGGCAACAGGCCAUCCAACAAAAACAAAGUUUCGUCAAGAAACCAAACAUGCCUCCCCCAUCGACUAUUCCAAAAAAAUCUAAGAACUCACUGCUACGGAGAGCUCUUUUGAGAAAUUCGCAACUAAAAAUUGAAGAGCAGCACGAAUUAGAACUUCAACAGCAGCAGCAACAGAUGCAACAACAACAAGCAAACGCUGUAGAAAUUCCAACAAAGGUUUCAUUAACUAAGGAAGAGAAGUCAAUGGUCUGGUCCCAUUGUCAGCUCCACGUUUACCAACGUCUAGGUUUAGAUUGGACUCCAGACAAUGUAAGUGCCAAUAAAGUUGCAACCGAUUAA